AUGCAGCUGACCCGUGACGAAGUCCAGAAACACAACAACAAAGACUCCUGCUGGGUCGCCAUCCAUGGAUCUGUCUACGAUGUAACCGAUUUCGUCGACUCACACCCAGGGGGACCCCAUGUCAUCCUCCGCUGCGCCGGGAGAGACGCGACAAGGGACUUCGACUCCGUGCAUGAUCAGGAGCUCCUGGCCCAGUCCUUACCAUCUUCUGCCUUUCGUGGCCAUCUCGAGCCAGGAUCCCUGAGCAAAUCGAGCACUGUCAACGGCCACGUUCCCGAAAUCAAGCAAACGGAUGACUCGCCCCCGCCGUUAACGACGCUGAUCAACCUCUACGAUUUCGAACAUCUCGCUGAGAAGCAUCUCCCGCCGAACGCAUGGGCGUAUUACUACUCCGGCGCGGACGACGAGACUAGCAAGCGCCAAAACGCCAAGGCUUAUCAGAAGAUCUCGCUUCGACCGCGCAUCCUGCGUAGUAUUCGGGCCGUGGACACGAGUACGUCGAUACUGGGUAAAUCGGUCUCGUUGCCGGUGUAUAUGAGUCCGGUGGGGAUUGCGAAACUUGCGCACCCGAAUGGCGAGCGGGCCUUUGCUGCCGCGGCGGGUAGGGAAGGGGUGGCUCAGGUGCUGGCGAACGGGUCGAGUUUUCCCAUUGAGAGCGUCAUGAAGGCUCGUGUGCGGGAGGAUCAGCCGCUCUUCGCGCAACUGUAUGUUAAUAAGGAUAUUAAGAAGUCGGAGGAGACGGUGCGCAGAGCGGAUGCUGCCGGGGCGGGCGCGAUCUGGGUGACGGUGGAUUCGCCGGUGGUGGGGAAGAGAGAGAUGGAUGAGAGGUUGAAUCUACAGGUUCAAGCUCGGGAUAAUCCAGCUACCAAGGGGCAGGGCGUUGCUAAGACCAUGGCGAGCUCUAUCUCCCCGUUCAUCGACUGGGAUAUUCUAACGUGGUUACGAGACCUCACUUCCCUGCCUAUCGUCAUCAAGGGGAUUCAAUGCGUCGAAGAUGCCGUGCUGGCAUAUGAGAACAGGGUACAGGGAAUUGUCCUAUCCAACCAUGGAGGCCGUUCUCAAGAUACAGCACAAUCACCACUUCUCACUCUUUUGGAGAUCCGACGCUACGCACCCUACCUGCUUGAAAGCAAGAUGCAGAUCUUCAUUGACGGGGGCAUUCGGCGAGGCACUGAUGUACUCAAGGCCCUCGCAUUGGGCGCAACAGCCGUUGGACUAGGUAGGCCCUUCCUCUACGGACUUGCGAGCGGCUAUGGAGAGGAAGGAGUUCGACGAACCAUUGAGAUCCUCAGACAGGAGAUCGAAUCUAAUAUGGUGUUUCUGGGAGUUACGUCGUUAAAGGAGCUAGGUCCACAUUUACUGAACACAGCCCGGUUGGAGAGGGAUAUGACAUUCAAUAUGAGCGAUACGAUUGAAGUCCUUCUCUACGGCUUGGGAGCCAUAGGUUCCUUCUACGCUUUUAUCCUCAGCCAGUCUGAGAACGUGCGCCUAACGGUUGUCGCACGGUCAAAUUUUGACGCUGUCAAGGAGAAUGGCAUUCUCAUCGAAAGUGAAAAUCAUGGCCAACAUCGCUUUCGACCUCAUAAUGUGAUCAAUUCCCCUGACGAGGUCACCAGCCCCUUCGACUACGUCGUGUGCGCCCACAAAGCAAUCGAUCAGGAAUCCGUCGCCGCACGACUCAAGCCCGCGGUCAACGAGGAUACGACCAUCGUGAUUAUCCAGAAUGGAGUAGGAAACGAGGAAGCGUUCCGCAACUCAUACCCUCGAUCAUCCAUCAUUACUUGCGUGACAUGGGUUGGAGCCCGUCAACCCGCCCCCGGAAAAAUCACGCACACCAAGUCCGAAGACAUGCAAAUCGGACUCUUCGCCAACCCAUCUAUCCCCUCCUCGCUCGAAAAGUCCCGCCUCGACACCUUCGCCGCCCUUCUUCAACACGGCCAAACCAAAUUCCAAGUCCUCGACGACAUGCAACUCCAGCGCUGGGAGAAAGUUGUAUGGAACGUAGCCUGGAAUUCCCUCACGACAUUGACACUGCUGGAUACGCAGAGUUGGCUGAAUUCCUCGCCCGACGCCACGCCUCUCACGCGUAAACUCAUGCGAGAGGUCAUUGACGUCGGGAGGAAGUGUGGCGUGGAGCUGGACUACGGGCUGAUUGAUCGCCUGAUGGACAAGAUUAAUGCCAUGCCUGGGAUCGGGAGUAGUAUGCAGACGGACUGUCUUAAUAAGCGCCCCAUGGAGAUUGAUGUGAUUCUGGGGUUUCCGGUGAAGAAGGCGAAAGAGUUGGGGGUUGAGACGCCGAUUCUGGAGACGAUUCAUACAAAGAUGACUGCCGAGUCCGACAGCCCAAUAUCAGCGCCAGCGCCUGCUCCGGCUAUCGAGCCAUCGGCAGACAAGCAUGGCACAGCUCAUUUUGAAACGGUUCCAGCAGAGCCAGGCAAAGUACGCAAUGGCGACACAGCCCUGGCUCUGUUUGAUAACUUAGACGAGCUAGAAGAAGCUAUCGAUCCGGUUGAGAACAAACGUUUGGUUCGCAAGAUUGAUCUCAUGAUCUUGCCUUUUCUGAGCGUUUGCUAUGCAUUCUACUAUAUCGAUAAAACGACUCUCUCGUAUGCGGCCAUCUUUGGCAUCAAUGAAGACUUAGGGCUCUCGGGUGAUCAGUAUUCGUGGUUAUCGAGUGUCUUUUACUUUGGAUUCUUGGUUUGGGCGCUUCCAACAAACUUCCUGAUGCAACAGUUUCCUGUGGGGAAAUACCUGGGCGUUAAUAUCUUUCUGUGGGGUUUCUUUCUUAUGUUGCAAGCUGUUGCAAAGAACUUUACUCAGCUUGCCGUGUUGCGUGUUAUAUCCGGCGCUGCAGAAGCAUGCAGCGAUCCCGCAUUCAUGCUCAUCACCAGCAUGUGGUAUACCCGGCGCCAACAGCCCAUUCGAAUCGGCAUCUGGUACACAGCCAACGGUGCUGGCAUCGCGCUCGGCGGUCUACUGGGCUACGGCAUCGGCCAGAUCAACGGUGCCCUGGCGUCGUGGAAAUAUGAAUUCCUGAUCAUCGGCGCCCUCUGCUCAGCCUGGGGGAUCGUGAUCAUCUUCUUCCUUCCAGAUUCCCCCGUGUCUACGCGGUACCUGACAGACCGAGAAAAGCGCCUUGCCGUUGAAAGACUGCGAUACAACCAGACCGGUGUGGAGAAUAAGACCCUCAAGCUGGCGCAGGUCUGGGAGGCGUUUCUGGAUUGGAAGGUCUGGUUCUUCUUACUACUGGGUUUCUCGGGGAAUGUUCCUAACGGAGGGAUCUCGAAUUUUGGGACACUUAUCAUUAAAGGGUUUGGGUUUUCGACGUCCCUCAUGCAAAUCCCCUACGGCACAUUCAUCGCCAUCAUGAUCCUCUUCAGCGUCUGGCUAAACGACCGCCUCCCACCCAACAACCGCUGCCUAGUAACAAUCCUCUUCCUUCUCCCAAACGUAGCCGGCUCCUUUGGGCUCUGCUACCUCCCCGAAUCAAACCGUGUCGGCCGCCUCAUCUGCUACUACCUAACCGGUUCCUACAACGCCUCCUUCGUGAUCAUUCUCUCCAUCCUAACGGCCAAUAUCGCCGGUCACACGAAGAAGGUCGUCACGAACGCGAUGAUCUUCCUGGGUGUUUGUGCGGGGAAUAUCGCCGGCCCGUUCUUCUAUAAGGGGGACCAGGCACCAAGGUAUCCGCUGGGCAUUUGGUCCAUGAUUGUGGCGAAUUUCGUGGAGAUUGGAUUGGUCGUGAUGUUGAGGAUGGCGCUGGCGUGGGAGAAUCGGAGGCGGGAUCGCGUGCAGGGGAUUGGGGGGGAGGGGGAUGGGGAAGGGGAGGAAGUGAGGCAGGCGGAGAUGGCGAGGACGGCGUUUAGUGAUUUGACUGAUAAGGAGAAUUUGAAUUUCAGGUAUAUUUAUUAG